ACGGGGAUGGCGCACGGCGCCCCGCUGCCCCCCGCCAUGCUACAUGCUGCCAGCAAAGCCCAGCAUGGAAACUUCCUGGUGGCCAUCAAGCAAGAAAAGGGGGAGGUUCCCCGCACAAGCACUGAGAAGCCCCACACCGAGGAGGAGCCGGUGAAGAAGAGGGGCUGGCCCAAAGGGAAGAAGAGGAAGAAGAUCCUACCCAAUGGCCCCAAAGCCCCUGUGACGGGCUAUGUUCGCUUCCUAAAUGAACGGCGUGAGCAGAUUCGCAUGCAGCAUCCUGACCUGCCCUUUCCCGAGAUCACCAAGAUGCUGGGAGCUGAGUGGAGCAAGCUCCAACCCUCAGAAAAACAGCGGUACCUGGACGAGGCAGAGCGGGAGAAGCAGCAGUACAUGAAGGAGUUGCGAGAGUACCAGCAGUCAGAGGCCUACAAGAUGUGCACGGAGAAGAUCCAGGAAAAGAAGAUCAAGAAAGAGGAUGCUGGCUCUGUUGCUGUGAACCCCCUGCUUAACCAAUCUCCUGGACAGGUGGGGGAAUGCGGCAGCGAUGGCUUUUCCACAUUUGAUGUGCCGAUCUUCACAGAGGAGUUCUUGGACCAGAACAAAGCACGGGAGGCAGAACUGCGGCGCCUGCGGAAGAUGAAUACGGAGUUCGAAGAACAGAAUGCUAUCCUGCAGAAGCACACAGAGAGCAUGAGCUGUGCCAAGGAGAAGCUGGAGCAGGAGCUGGCACUGGAGGAGAGGCAGACGCUGGCUCUGCAGCAGCAACUCCAGUCUGUCCGGCAGGCCCUGACCACCAGCUUUGCCUCCCUGCCCAUCCCAGGCACCGGUGAGACCCCCACGCUGGGCACCCUGGAUUUCUACAUGGCCAAACUGCACAGCGCCAUCGAGAGCAACCCUCUGCAGCACGAGAAGCUGGUCGUGCGUAUCAAAGAGAUCCUGUCCCGGAUAGCCAGUGAACACUUGUGAAGAGGACCCUCCUGCUGCAGCAAAGCACUGACUGACGGGAACCCUCGACACCUCCUCCCCCUGCCUUCAUGUUCGGCUGCCGCAGAGAGCUGGUUCUCCCCUAGCCACCGCACUGCUGCACGCCUCUGCCUGGCACACAUGUUUGCUGGAGGAAUAGUUCAACUGGGCUGAGUAGUUCCUGUUGUUUCAGUACAGCUGAGACCUGAGGGCUGGGCAUCUCUGUGGGUUUAGGGCUGUAGGCAGCCUGCCAUGACUGGAUGAGGGAUGCUGCUUGCAGGGCCUGUCCUCCACUCCAUCACCUGACGCUGGCUUGCUCCCAGUGCAGGGUGGCUGCAGCAUUGCCCUAGCAGGGCAUAGCUGGUGGUUGUGACCCUGCUGGCAGGGGAUGGUAUGGUCACUAGCUAGGAGGAAUGCUCUAGUGAGGUUCCCUGCCUUCUGUGACCGCUCCUGUCCACAUGAGAUAACCAAGACUGUCGCCUGGCCAUGGAUCAUGUGGCACAGAGCCCCAGGCCAUUUCCUUUGAUGACCAAUUUGGUGCGAUUCGAGCUGACCCUUCUGCCCUUUCCACCCUUCAAACCUGUAAUGGGACCACAAGUUUUGAUGCAUUUUGUGGGAAGAGGGGCUAAGCUGAACAGGGCCAAACUGACAAACCAGGGGUUGCACUGGCCGGGGGGUAGUGCCUUGCUGGCUGCAUACCUGCCUCAGGGUGUCACAGUUUCCCAGGACUGUUGGAGGCACUUGUAGUGAGUGAGAGUGGUAGGAUCUGUUCUUCUGGGUGUGCAUACCACCUUGUAUGCUAUGGCUUAGAAAUGUCAUCCCCCCACCACCACUCAGUUGCCUCCAUCACAGCCCUGGGUAACAGGCAGCUGUUCAUUCCGGUUUGCAGACAGCUGGACAGUCAUGGAAGGCAGGGCAGAUGGGGGUCAAGGCUGCAAACCAGGACCCAGUAGAUCUGGGUUCAGCUCUCAGAUCAUCCACAGGCAUGAGUCACCCCAGUGCACCCCACUAGGACAGUGUAGCAGAAACUCUGUGCCUCUGGUUCCUCCAGCUUCAAACCCUCACACAAGUGCUGCGGGCAGGUUUGUUGUGGUCAGUAGGGGGCUGAGGGAGUCCAGUAAUGGGGACCAAACCCGCACCUUGCUUUGCCCUGCUCUGUGGUGAGGGUAGUUGGGAGCAUCUUUAACCCUGAACUGAGCAGUGCUCUGAGGUCCCUACUUAGGGUUUCUUUGUGUCAGGAGCUGCCCUGGUUCCUGCAGCAACCAUUGCCCUCCUUCCCCGAGGAUCGUGAAGAGGGGGCCUGCCUGUCUCACCCAGGUGCCUCCUAACAGCUGACUUCAGCCACUAAACUUAAUCAUGUCAUUAUAGAGCAUCUUAUUUUCUUACUAGCACCACAUAACCAGGUUCUAUAUUAGGAAUCAGUGUAUAUCCACUCCAAGGAACAGCCUCUCCCUUGAGGUCAAUACUCUAGAGUUUAGUGUGACAGCAAGAAUUAGCCUCUUUCUGUAAGCAUCUCCAUGGCCUCAGCACUUAGCCUGUUCUCAGGUGGACCAACUGCUGCCCACCCUGCCUGGGAAUGCUCCUGGAGACUGGUUAAAGAAAUAAAAACUGGGGUGAAUAACCA